CACAUCGAAUUUGAUUUGUAAUUGGUUUUACUUUUGUGUAGUAUAGCUUUGAAAACUAGUUUAAUCUGUCUGUUCUAUUGUCACGCAAACAUCAGCGAAUCUUGAUCAGUGAAUUUGUGUCAAGCUACUUAAACUGUUUUGUUAAGUUAUAAAUAUGCAGUUGUUUCUGGUCAUAAGUCUUUACUUGAUCAACUAUGCGCUUUCGCAUUCAUCCUGCACUGCAAGAAAUGAUGCAAGCUCCGAUGUUUCAUUCAACCAUUAUGGCAUGUGCGUCUUCCAAGAUAAUCUACAAGGAGCUGUCUUCCUCAGAGAAGGCAGUUCUGGCCUUGAGUACAGAGUACAGGUGAAAGGGCUGUCCCAUGGCUAUCAUGGCUUCCACGUGCACACGUACGGCAGUGUGUACAGGGCAGAUGUGGGAGAGGGCAGAUGUGUGGCCUCGGGGGGUCACUAUGACCCACUGAGUGCUACUCAUGGAAACAUCAAUGAUACCAACAGGCACGUGGGUGACCUUGGCAACAUCUGUGCGAAUGAAGACGGUGAGGCGGUGGACGUGUUUGUGGAUUCUGACAGCUCCCUCACUGGGACAAACCCCAUCAGAGGCAGAGCAAUUGUGAUCCACGCUGGCCCAGAUGACUUCACCUCUCAGCCGAGUGGUGACUCCGGAAGUAGAGUUGGCUGUUGCAUCAUUGGCCAAUCACAGUCAUGGAUUCCGAGUGAAAUAUCCUUCGGAUACACGGAUAGUUCAAUUUCCAUUGUCAGGUCCCAGGUUGUUGAGAUGGCAAUGGUUGGAGUAUUUUUGAUAGUGCUAAAGUUCAUGGUUUGAAAUUGAAGUAGAGAUGACAUUUAUUUUACCAGAUAAUUAACACUAAUAAUAAACUUUAAAAUUAACACAGCUUGGAAGUUUACAUUAAAUUUACAACAAUCGGAAAAUCUCGUUUCUCUUGAAGGUUCUUAAUAUGACAUGAAUCUUACGGUUUUGAAAGUAAACAUUCUCUUCGUACGUAUGAUUUUGUCGGAGACAAUAAUGUUUUUUUUUGGCCCAGUUUGUAAAGUUUUAAUUGAUUGUAAAAUAUUUGUGCUUUAAAC